AUGUUUUCUUCCACCAACAAUCUCCACCUUUUCCCUCUUCAACAGUACUUCCCUUCCUCCUCCUCCUCCUCCUACCACCACCACCUUGUUCCUCCUCCGCCUCCUCCGACACUGCCACACCAUCAUCCCGAGGCGAACCCGGGCGACGUUUUCCUCCCCCACGACCCGCUCGGGGGCGCUCCAUUGUUCCUCCAAGCCCCUGAAGAAGGUGGGAGGAUGAAGAAUGAGCAGCAAGAAGUGGUGGUAAUGUCACAAAAUGGGCAUCAGCAGCAGUGUUUCAGCAGCACCACCAAAAAAUCCACAGUGAAGAAGGAUCGGCACAGCAAGAUUUACACAGCUCAGGGCCUGAGGGACAGGAGGGUGAGAUUGUCCAUAGAGAUUUCUAGAAAGUUCUUUGAUCUUCAAGACAUGUUGGGUUAUGACAAGGCCAGCAAAACCCUAGAUUGGCUCCUCACAAAGUCAAGAAAAGCCAUCAAAGAGCUCACCAAGAAAAAUGGGGCUGCUGCUCUUGUCCCUAAAAACAGCAACUUGUUCAAUAAUUUUGAAGAAUGUGAGGUUAUUUCCAAUGAUGAGGCAGAGAAAUUCAUGGGCUCAUCAAAAUCUUCCCCUAAGAAAAAUUUGGUUGGAUUUCACGAUGUUGUGGCUAAGGAAUCUAGGGCAAAGGCAAGGGCAAGGGCUAGGGAAAGGACUAAGGAGAAAAUCAUGAACAAAUCCCAGCCCUUGCCUGAGAUUUUGAGCCACCAAUUCCGACCGUCGCCUCCGCCUCCACCGCCGCCCGCAACAGCGGAGCAGGAAAACAACAACAUCAUUGGGAUCAUGUGGAAGCCAUCUCCUAUCACUACUUCUAAUUACCAGAAGAAUUUGGUGAUCUCCAAAGGAGAUGCUGCUGCUUAUUACAACAAUUGCAACAACUUCUAUUUUCCUUCUAAUUUGCCUCCAAAUUGGGACAUCAAUGUUGACUCCUUUGCCAGAGCACAAUCUGGGUUUUGUUCUAUUGCCAACAUAGAUUCUUUUCCAGAAUUUCAAGUGUGUGCUAAGCCUUGGGAUAAUGCCUGCAGCAACAACCAACACCUGCACUAA